CGAUUACGUAGUAGACAACAUUACACGCACCCAGCGCGGAGCUCAGCCAUACCGCGCGGGGGUAGGCACCCAAUUGAAGCUGCUGACUGAGGUCGUCUGGUCUCACUCAUGGGUGACUGGGGCGGCUUUUUUUGGUCAAUUGAGAAGAACUGCCUAAUUACAGUUGCAGCUUGGCCCGUUGUCGUUGCAUACCAUACAAGUCCCCUGUUUGAUGCAGGCAGAACCAUCAGCCGGAAUCCCAACCCAGCCCAACCUCAGAUGCCAUCACAUCCAUCCAAGCUCGGUCUCGUGGCAUCCCCUCAUUUGAGUUAGUUACCUGAGGUAUGCCGUGGGUUUCGAGCGCGUGAUACACCAGGCACUGCGCAUUUUCUUUUUUACGGCCUCGAAUUGAUUUUCAAACAAUACACCUAAGUAGACUGGAGCUUCGCAAACAACUGCCGUUGGCCAACCAAGCGUUGGUUUGAGAAAACUUAAAACCCCAGCCCUCGAAAGCUUAAACCCUGCAAUCAAAUCUUUCAUCACCGGCCAGAACGGAACAGCACUUGUCAUUCCUCCUUGCAUCCCGAGAGCUCCUCCGGUCCACAUACCACGACAACAAAUCGCUCCGGAAGCAUACAAAAACAACUAGUCGACUCCGCUCAUCCCGAACAAUCGCAUGCCUCCGUCAUCAGCAGAGCCCCCAGCCGCCUCCGCCGCGAACGCCGCGCGCCAUGUAUCGAUAGACGAGCCAAGGCGAGAUGGGCGCAAGGACCCUAACCAGAACGAACAGUCGCCGCUGCUAUCGCCUCAGGAUGACGAGGUCGAUUCCUUGAUGGCACGCCGCGAGUCGGCUAUCGAGGACGACGACGACGAGAUCGACCCGUUCGAAACAACAAAGAGCGUAUGGUAUCUCAUCCUACUGACAAUUAGCAUCGGUGGCUUGCAAAUAGCCUGGUCCGUCGAGCUCUCCAAUGGAUCGCCGUAUCUGCUCUCUCUCGGCCUGAGCAAGUCUCUAAUGGCACUGGUCUGGAUCGCUGGUCCGCUGUCCGGCACCCUGGUGCAACCAUAUGUGGGCAUGCUCAGUGACAACUGUCGUAUCAGCUGGGGCAAACGGAAGCCCUUUAUGCUUGUUGGUGCCGCCGCUACCAUUACCUCGCUCCUCUUCUUGGCUUGGACCAGGGAGAUUGUCAGUGGUAUUCUUGGUUUGUUUGGUGCCCCUGCAGAUUCCGAUGGGGUCAAGACAACCAUAAUCGUAGUUGCUGUUCUUUGGGUUUAUAUUCUGGAUUUUGCCAUCAACACAGUGCAAGCUGCAAUUCGAGCAUUUAUAUUGGAUUGUGCUCCAUCCCACCAGCAAGAGGCUGCCAAUUCCAUGGCGAGCAGGAUCACGGGCGUUGGAAACAUUGUGGGCUAUGUUGCUGGUUUCGUGAACCUGCCAAAGAUUGCUUGGUGGCUCGGAAAGACGCAGUUCCAGGAUCUGUGUGCAAUUGCCAGCAUCGCCCUAGGAGUCACCGUCAUUAUCACCUGCAUUCUCAUACCAGAGCGUGAUCCCAGACUCGAGGGCCCACCGCCAAGAGAUCAGCCCGGCGUCUUGUCGUUCUUUACCAAGAUCUUUACGUCGAUAAAACGCCUGCCCCCAGUAACCAAACGGGUUUGCCAAGUGCAGUUCUGCGCCUGGGUUGGUUUCUUCCCCAUGCUUUUCUACACAUCGGCCUAUAUUGGUGAGAUCUAUGUACAGCCGUUCUUGCGCAACAAUCCGAACAUGACUCCCAAGGAGCUCGAUGAGCUUUACGAGCGUGCCACUCGGGUGGGAACCUUUGCUCUGUUGAUAUACUCAAUCACCAGCCUCAGCACAAACGUUUUCCUGCCUUUCUUUAUUCAGCCCACAUACGACGCAGCCCCAGUGGUAUCGGCGGAUGCGCCUGGUGAGGGGCCGUCGGUGCUCGCCAAUGCCAAGAACGCUAACGGCAGCAGUCGGUCGUGGCUGGACCGCCUGGUCAUUCCUGGAUUUACGCUCCGUCGUGCCUGGAUGUUCUCCCAUAUUCUAUUCGCAUUCAGCAUGGGCUGUACUGUCCUUGUCGAAUCAGUCGAGGCAGCUACGGUUCUCAUUGGGCUGGUUGGUAUUACGUGGGCCUUGACGCUGUGGGCUCCAUGGUCUCUGAUAUCUUCGGAGAUUUCGAGGCGUGAUGCAGUCCUGCGAGCCCAACAGAGGCGGCGCGGACUUACCCUGGAUCAGCCUUACGACGAGGACGAAACUCCUUCAUCCGAAACCAGCUCGGGUCAGCUAGAAGUGGAAAGGGAUGAGCAGGUGGCGGAUCAGGCCGGCAUCAUUCUUGGCAUACACAACAUGGCCAUCGCAGCACCGCAGAUCAUCGCGACGGUCGGCUCUAGCAUCAUCUUCAAGUUCUUCCAGAAACCGCGAGGCACUCCAGGAGAUCGUAGUAUCUCUAUCGUCAUGGCCCUUGGAGGUAUCACGGUUCUGGGUGCUGCAUGGCUUGUCCAUCGCAUCGAUGAUGAUGUUGCCGUGCCAGCUGAUGAGUUGUCUGGUAUCAUGGAAGCAGGCGCCAGUGAUGGCAUCCUAACCGGCGGACCGCCAAGGCCAUCCCUCAGCCAGAGGACUUCUUUCUCAUCGACGCGUCCGUCCUUCUCGCGCAGUCGAAAUCAGAGUACGGAGUCGCUAUCGCGAUACAGCCAGGAGAGAGCGGCAUUGGUUAGGGCCAGCAGUUUCGGCGGUGCUGAAUACUAGCAAUAUAUGUCUCUACAGUCUUUGGAUGGCUUAUUUCCUUACGCAAGCCCGUAUUGUUUUUCUCUCCUUGCCAAAAGCGUCUUGCCGAACUGAAAUCUUGUUGUUGCAUGGUCAUGCUGUGGUAGACGUUGGAAUUUGAUAUAUGAGUUCAUAGGUAACAGGUGUUUCCUUGUCUUGUUUGUCUCUUAGCGUGGGUGCAUGAUGGGAUUUUUUCGCCUACUGGCCGAUGUCCAGGCAUUUUAAUUCAUUGAAAGAAUAGGAAUUUGAACACAGAAUCAUUUGACACUGAA